GAUGUCAUUUUGCCGUUGAGUUCCUUGCAAUUAUUUCGAAACGAGCAUACACCUUCACAUCAAAACCGUUGUCUCAGCAAGGAGAGUUGUGAAAGUUACAGUGAGGAAGAGCCAACGCCAGUCAGGAGGACCUUUGACUUUGUCUUUACUGAAGGAAGGCUCCUCUGUUCACUUGAAGCAGUGGUCUCACAACCCGUGUGCUUUGGGAGAGGAAACGUGGAAGAACUCCUUGUCGACACCUUGGUAGCUACUUUCACACUACACAGCUGAAAGUACGGACUUCAGUUGCCGAGUGACAAGGAUUUUCAAUCCAAACACACAAAGAUGUCAGUGUAUCGCGUGCUGCGUCAGGAUGGGGGCAGUCCUCAAUGUUUCGGGAAGAGUUGGGUUUGACAGCUUGCCGGACCAAGUGGUCACAAAGCCACCAGCAAAGGUUUCGAAUUCAACAUUCUCUGUGUUGGUGAGACUGGCAUUGGCAAGUCAACACUGAUGGACACACUUUUCAAAGCUGAUCUGGCUGACAACCACUGCUCUGAGCUUCCCAAGGGAGUUACACUGGAAGAGAACACGUAUCAUCUGAAGGAAAGUCAAGUAAACUUGCAGCUGACGGUCAUUGACACAGUCGGGUACGGUGACCAGGUGGAGAAAACAGACAGUGCUGGCCCUGUUGUGGAGUACAUUGAGAAGCAGUUUGACAGGCACCUACAGGAAGAGUUGAGGAUUCAGCGUAACCUGCACCAAUUCCGCGACACCAGAAUACACGUCUGCAUCUACUUUAUUUCACCCACCGGACACUCACUAAAGGCAUUGGAUAUCAAAUGCAUGCAGCAGCUUCAGUCCAGGGUUAAUAUCAUACCCGUUAUCUCCAAAGCUGACACGAUUGCGAAAAAUGAACUACAGCGCUUCAAGAAGCGCAUCAUUCAAGACCUCGAGCACAAUGGCAUCCAGAUCUAUCGCUUCCCGACUGAUGACAAGACGGUGGCGGAAAUCAACGAGAAAAUGAACGCGAUCAUGCCCUUUGCCGUUAUUGGCAGUCGUGACGAAAUUGAAAUCAACGGCCAGAAGGUCAGGGCGCGUCUGUACCCGUGGGGUACUGUGGAAGUGGAAAACGAAAGUCACUGCGACUUCAUACAGCUGCGCGAGAUGCUCAUCCGCACCAACAUGGAGGAUCUGCGCGAGUCCACGCAUGCAGUCCACUACGAGACAUUCCGGCGUUCAGCCCUGAAGAAGCUGGGCUACUCGCCCGCUGGAGAGUCAGAUGAGCCAGUCAGACUGUCUGAUUUGCUGCAAACCAAGCGCGAGGAGCACCUCAAGGAGAUGAGCCAGGCAGAAGAAAACAUGAAGAUAAAGUUUGUUGAGAAAGUGUCUGCUGUUGAGACACAGCUGAAGAAGCAAGAGAAAGAGAUUUAUGAUAAGAUGGAGGCACUAAAGAAGAUGGUGACGGAGAAGAGGUCCGAAAUGGAGGAGACCAAGGCAGCUCUGGAGGAUGAGAUUGCCGCAUUCCGUCAACAUCGCUCGGAGGCGCAGACGGCCCAAGCACAAGCUGCCAAAGCCCAGCAAAUGGAGAAGGAGAAGAGGAAGAAAUAAUCUUGUUUGAGUUUUUCUUAGAGCCCUUGUACUUUUGGUACUUUUUCUACUCAUCAUACGUUUCAUCAUAAAUAACCCGAUUCUAUGAUCACAUACGCUUCAAUGAUUUUCUCAGCAUGGAACUAUACAAAAGUGUCAUCCCCAUUAUUAUUUACGAUAUGACUCGACAGAAUGAAAGAAUACUUAUUUGCUCAUCGCCUUCUCCUUUAUAGUUAGGGAGCCGUGAUGUUACCCAUGCAAAACUGGUUUGGGUACGGCUCCCUGUUCACGAUAUACACAGUGCCUUGUCUCUCCUCUUAGGUUUCCUUUUCUAGUCUCGUGCUUUUUGUUUAGUGUACAAUUUGGUUUUCUCUUUCUUGAUCUUGUCCAACUACCCCCACCCUUUCUAUAUGACCGGCUCAUUUUCUUUCGCUUGACUACCCACUUCCAUUUGGAUUUUGGACCCAUGUUACUCCACGCACAACCCACAACUAUUUUUCUUUGUCUGAUCACGUCUUGUACAGCAUUUGAUUUACAUGUCUUUCGUGAAUGAGCUAGUUUGGUGGCAAUAUCCUCUACUCUCACACAGUCUCAUGUAGUCAGUGGCUAUAGAACGCUGCCCAGUUCAUUAGCUGUUG